UAAGAGAGGUUCUGGUUCGACUGAGCUCUGCACUUUUGGACUCUAGCAGACUGAGUCAGCAACGCGCGUGCGUGUGAAGCCACGCGCAUAUAUGGAAAGCUUUUACGCACCGCGUUGCUGCGUGCACGCUACCACGCACGGGGAUGGGCUGAUUGCUCACUCCAUCUGAGCAGGAGGACAUUUGGACCUGGAUGACACCACAGACAUCACACUGAUGGAGAACCUCUGAGGGAGACUCCUCAGAACCAAAGAACCUUCCGUCCAGACCCAAACGCACAACUUUUUUUUUUGUUUUAACCAUGGCUAUCAACACCGACGCUUCCUUCGCCAGCAGCGCCCUGGUCCAGAGAGACGCGUCCAACCCGGGCGACUUCCAGGACACGGAGAAGCUGCUGAGCGUCGGUACCGUCGAACCGGGCGGCCAGAGCAACGUCAAGACCUCCGAAUCGCUCGACCUGCGGGGCAGCGUUCGCUCCCUGGACGCCGAGCAGAACGGACACAGGUCGCCGCUCAAGUCCGGCUCGGUGGGCCAGCUGGCGGCCGCACCCAGGUCCUUAUCCCGCCUCAGCUUGGCCUCCCCCAUCCCGCCCGGGUCGGUACCGCCCAGCUACCUGUGGCUGGCAGUGCUGUCGUGCCUCUGCCCCGGCGUGCCCCUUAACGUGUGCGCGCUGUGGUACGCCAGCGUGUCGAGGUCGGUGCUCAACAAUGGCGAUGUGGAGGCAGCCCGGAAGUACGGACGGGUGUCACUUCUGCUCAGCUGCUUGGCCAUGCUGUUGGGCGUGGCCGUCAUUAUCUUCAUCGUCUUCACUAUAGAGCUCCAGCAGUGACGUCACAGCAGCCUGUGGACUCCAUCAAGACUACUUUGCACAAGUCAAGGAAGACAUUGAAAAAGCACAAACUGAUGAAGAAAAUCCCAAAACACAUUGGAGAGGUUCUGUCUGGCUCCGCUUGACCCAAAAUAGCCCUUAAGGUCAGAAUCAGAGGAGGGAGGGGCUGCACUCACACAUGUCAAUUAGAGAUGUACACACACACACACACACACACACGCACGCACACAAACAGCUGGGAUGAACAACAAGAUGGUUCUCUUGGUACCAUCUGACAGGCGUGACUUCUUUUGAGGAUUUCCUGCAAGUUUUUUUCCCUCAAAAAAUGGCCGACUGCAGUGUGAACUUGUUUUUUUUGUUUUUGUGGCCGCCAAAAAGACUAACCGGGUUCUGGUCCGGACUGCACAGAGCCGGCCCGAUAUCUGAAGCUGUUUGCGAUGACCUAUACUGCAAGACAAUUCCCUUUGACCUUUCUAUGUUUGUACUGUAUGACUGGUUUACCGUGCCAUACGUUUGUUUGCAUGUGAAAUA